UGUCGGCAUUUUCCGCGUACAAUUUGCGAGAGCAUCUUUGCGCUCGGUUCAUCCGGCAACCGUAAUUCAGCGCCGCUGCAUCAUGGAAACGUGGCUCGUGAUCGGCAUAUCGGGCGUCACGAACGGUGGCAAGACGACACUCGCCAAGUCGCUUGAGGCGUACUUCACCGCGCACCAGAACAAGGUGUUCUUCAAGGAUAACCUCACGCUGAACAAGGUGGUGGCAUUAUGCCAGGACGACUACUUUCUGCCGGUGGAUAACCCCAAGCACGAGGUGAUCAAAAAGCUUAACCACAUCAACUGGGAGAUUAUGAGCUCGCUCGACAUGGAUCGGAUGUGCCAGGACAUCAUGAAGGUGUUGGGCCACAAGUUUAUCCUGUACAACUGCCAGCAGCUCGGGCAGAGCGAGGACGAGAGCCAGAUGGGCGAGCAGGUGGAACCGAUGGAUGCGUACAAUCUCUUCUCCGAUCACUUCCUCAGCAACUUUCUCACCAAAUACGACGAAAAUGGCACUGGCCGAACAACGAACCUCAUCAAGAAAUCAAAGAACGAAUCGUACCAAAAUAUGAACAUCAAAAUCAACGUCCUGCUGCUCGAGGGUUUUCUCAUAUUCAAUCACAACUUUACGAGGGACCUGUGCAACAUCAAGUUCCACAUCCACCUGCCGUACGAACGGUGCUACGCCCGGCGUUUGCAGCGGGUGUACGAUCCACCCGAUGUGGUCGGAUACUUCGAGAUGUGCGUGUGGCCGAUGUACGAAAAGCACUACCGGGAGUUUAAGGGUCGCAAGGACAUCUACGUGCUGAACGGCGAGAUACCCUCGGAGAGCAUCUUCAAUUACGUGUUAAACUGCGUAAAAGACUUGCUAUAAGUGGGCGGAAUGGGCCGGGUUUUGAGUAACCUCUAGAAUUAGGGACACACCAGUACAAGCGCUAUGUAAACGAUUCCACUAACGGGUUGACGAGUUCCUUACAUUUAAGCUGGCUAGUUAGGACGUAGGUCUGUAAAAAGGUAACAUAUUUCUUACGCUAGGCGUUGUGGAUGAACGAUGUAAGGUGAUCGAAUGAAUCAAAUGUACGUCGUAAAGUUUACACACUUUCGUAUG